CAGCAUACAUGUAUGAAGAAGGUGAAACCCCUUGGGAGCUUUAUCAAGAGAGAGAAUAGAAAAGCCACCAUGUCUUCCGAGUCAGAGAGAGGAAAGAAGAAUUCCUACAGACGUGGAAAUGUAGUCAGUCCAGAGCCAGCCAGUGAUCAAAGCACAAUGAAAAAUGUGAUUGGUUUUCUACAAGACUAUGUACCGCAGGCAGUAUCUGGACCUAAAGAUGAUAAGAGAGAGCGUGUGCUGUGGGUGCGGUUUGAGUCAUGUGACAUUAAUGACGCGUCGCUAGGUGACGGUGUGAGGGGGAAUCCCCUACUGCUGAUACUGGGCUUGGCCAACGGGUUCGCAGUAUGGACGGUCACGCCCGGUGGCGAUGCUCGUGAAGUGUACUGUGUGUGUGGUGAGGGGGAGACUACGAGAGUUGCCAAGCUACUGCCCACCCCCCAGAGCUACGAGGGCGUCACACCAGACAAGUUCCCUGAGGCAAGACCCAUCAUGGCCGUUGUCAAGAAGGGGAGACACAACAGUGGUAGUACGGUGGCCUACUCCACACUGCAGCUGCUCUCUUUGAGGAUCAAUGGAGGAGACAACACUGUCAAGAAGUUUGUCUUUAAGACUAGACCCAUUGUUGAUGUGCACUGCAACAGAAGAGUGGUGGUGAUUGUGUUCCAGAAGAGGAUGGUUGUGUUGGACGCUGGUUCACUAGACAACAAAUACGUCAUACGAAACAGCUACCCUUCCGUGGGGUAUCCGUGCAACCCUGUUGCCCUGGGAACCAGAUGGUUGGCCUUCUCAGAAACCAAGCUGUCGUCUAAGCACCAGAGUGUGGGGGGUAUGUCAGAUGCCACGCCCCCCUCCGUGGCCACCACCGUGCUCAAGAACGUCAAGAAGGGCAUCUCAGCUCUCACUGAUACUAUCUCUGGACUGACUGGAAAGACUCAGCCAAGCUCCACUGAGUCUCCAGAGCACACUCAUCAACAGACCACUGACUCCACCAGUGCCAACAUCAUCACAGUACUGGACACUAUCAAGACACACACACAAGAGUUCAAAGUUCAGGAGCUGGAUCGUGAGAGUGGUGGAGUGAUAGCUCAUUUUGUGGCCCACACUGGACCUUGUGUACACAUAGCUGCUCUGGCAUUCAACUCAAGUGGUACCCUCCUGGUCUCGGCUAGUACCGAGGGCAACAGUUUCCAUGUGUUCCACAUCCUGCCCCACCCCUGGCUCUCCUCCGAGACUGCCAUACACCAUAUCUACACCCUCUACCGGGGGGCAACCAGCGGAGUGGUUCAAGACAUCUGCUUCAGUGGAGACAGUCGUUGGGUUGGAGUGAGCACACUCAACGGGACUACCCACGUCUUCCCCCUCUCCCCCUACGGAGGGGAGAUCACUGUACGCACUCACACACCUCGGAGGGUUGUCAACAAGAUGUCUCGAUUCCAUACCACGGCCGGAAUCGGAUUACCAUCACAGGCAGUGUCAAGUACCGGUACCACUGCUCAGACAUCUAGGAGCUCACAAUCGCCACCUUUAGAGAACAGGGAAAUCCCCUCCGUUGCCGGGGGCAAUGGACUCACUGUGAUGAGCAACAGCUGGAACAACCCUAGAGCCCUCCCGUUGCCUUGUCCAGUGGUGGUGAAUGCACUCCAACAGAUCAAGCAGCCGUACGUCUCAACGUCAGAGUCUGUGGGGGGUCCCAUGCCCACUCCACCCACCAGUAGGGGGUCUGACAACGGAGACCCGUUUGUAACUCUGGCAGGACCUGAAACGACGUGUGUGCGUGCCGUGUUCUGGGAGGGAGGGGACAGCCUCGGCAAGACGUGGGGGCGGGCAGAUUCGUCCAAUGAAAGAGCAGCGUACUCAUUGUUUGUUGUGGGAGCGACUGGUGAGCUGACAGAGCACGGCCUGGAGCCACAUAAACUCACCACGGCCCCGGACGGUGAAGACGCCCCCAUUGAACUAACCAGGACCCCCAAACUCUGCUGGAAACUACUCAGCUUCCCUGUGACUGGUUCGAUGGCCGUCCCCCUGACCAAGGACAAUCCUCUACUGGAGGACAGGUCACCCGCACCCAGCAACCAGCCACGUCCCCAGACUAACGACCAAUGGCUGUCCCAGGUGGAGAUCCUGACGCAUGCCCCACCCACUCGUCGGCUGUGGAUGGGGCCGCAGUUCUCGUUCAAGUCGUACCAGUCCCCCAGCCCCAGCCCGCCCUCCAGUAACACCAUGAUCAGCACACCCAGCCCACCCAACACUGUCAUUUACACAGGUAGUCUCAAUUCUCCCAGAGGGGCUGACUCACAACGUGCCACACUGCACCCAAGCUCAGACAAUCCUCUCUCUGACUUGCUGUCUGAGCCACCAGAGUUACAGAGCCUCAUGCUCAGCUCGUUGGAUACGAGUCCUGUUCCCAUGCCAACCAUAACAAAGGGGGAGGGGGCAGAGUCAGGAUCAGCUAGCAAGGACACUGGUGUGGUGGAGGUGUUUGGGUCUUGGAAGAAGGUGGCCCCCUGUCUGGAGACCAGGUCCCUGGAGGUGGAGCAGCAGCUGCAAGAAGCAAUGGCAGAGGGAGGGACAGUGACUGUUGUAGCUGGACACUUAGCCAGACCUAGAACUGGCUUUAGCCCACCUUCUAGCUAGCUACUCUUUCCCUAUAAUUGUUAGUAAUUUCUGGAUAACGUGUUCAUAAAUCAUGUGUACAUCAUGCAUGAAUUAUGUAUAUAAAUGAUUCAUUUUUGUUCAA